AUGGCAGGCAAAGGCAAAGGAAAGAAAAGAAAAAAGGAAAAGGAUGAAGGAGACAGUAAGAAGGCUAAGAAAGGUGGGGGGAGAGGCAAGAAAGGCAAGUCUAAGGGGAGAUGCAACGUGGAUAUGUUGACUGAUGCUGCGAUGGACAAUGUUUACUACGGGUGCCAUAACGUGCAGGAGCUGCUGCAGGCCAGGGGGUUCCAUCCGCCGGACUUUAAUAAGAAGAAAAAGAAAGGGAAGAAGUAAUGUUAAGUAUAAUAGUCAGCUUUUAUCGAAGAUUGACCCACAUUAGUGUAGUAAAGACAGUAAAGUGAGAGCGGCACGUAUAAGGGGAGAUGUAACGUGGAUAUGUUGACUGACGCAACGAUGGAUAACGUCUACUACGGGUGCCAUAAC